AUGAAGUUUGUUCUUAUAAUAUUGCUUUUGUGUUUACAAUCAACACUGCAGCAGCCUGCUGGAUCCGGCGGUAGAAGAACAUUAGUUUUGGUUGAUAGUUGGUCUUUGCGAGAAACGCAUUCUAUUUUCUUUAGAAUGUUACGAGACCGUAACUUUGAACUUACAUUCAAAACUGCUGAUGAUUCUUCUUUGGCACUAAUAAAGUAUGGAGAAUUUUUGUAUGAUCACUUGAUCAUUUUCUCGCCAUCUGUUGAAGAAUUUGGUGGCUCGGUUGAUAUUGCUGCCAUCACAAACUUUAUUGACAAUGGUGGCAAUGUCUUGGUUGCUGCAAGUUCAUCUAUUGGUGACCCAUUGCGUGAAAUUGCUACAGAGUGUGGUGUUGAAUUUGAUGAGGAGAAGACUGCUGUUAUUGAUCAUUUGAAUUAUGAUAUCUCUGAUGGAGGCAAGCACACCAUGAUUGUUGCUGACCCUGCUAAUCUCAUUGAUGCUCCUAUGAUAGUGGGUAAAGGCAACACUGCUCCAAUUUUAUUCCAAGGAGUUGGGAUGACAGCUGACUCUGAAAAUCCUCUUGUUUUGAAUGUUCUCCAUGCAUCUUCUACAGCCUAUUCUUUCAAUCCAAACAACAAAAUUGAUGAAUUUCCCCAUGCUGUUGGUAAGAAUACAUUGCUCAUUGCUGCUCUGCAGGCCAGAAACAAUGCAAGAGUUGUUUUUGUUGGGUCUUUAGAUUUCUUCAGUGACCAGUUUUUCACAUCUCCAGUUCAACAAGCUAAUCAAGAUAAAAUACAUAAAAAAUCUGGGAAUCAAGAAUUAGCAGCAAAUUUAGCAGAAUGGGUAUUGAAAAUGCGUGGUGUUCUCCGUGCUGGUGCUGUAACUCACCAUAUUGUUAAUAAUGUGAAUCCACCACCUGCUUAUACUAUUCUUGAUGAUGUGGAAUAUAGUAUACAAAUUGAAGAGUUCAGUAAUGGAAGAUGGCAGCCAUUUAAAGCAAAUGAUGUGCAGCUUGAAUUUGUACGCAUUGAUCCAUUUGUGUGCAGCACAUUAACAGAAAAAAAUGGUGUCUUCAGCACUCGUUUCAAACUCCCUGAUGUGUAUGGUGUAUAUCAGUUUAGAGUUGAUUACAACAGAAUGGGAUUUACUCAUUUAUUCAGUUUAACACAAGUGUCAGUAAGGCCGUUAGAGCACACUCAAUAUGAACGAUUUAUUCCUUCAGCUUACCCUUACUAUGUUAGUGCAUUUUCCAUGAUGUUUGGAGUUUUUCUACUCAGCCUGGUCUUUCUCCAUUAUAAAGAAGACUCCAAGGAGAAAGCUGAAUAA